UCCCUCUUGGUGAAUGUAUCCGUCCGUAAUAUGACGUCAGGUGGAUGUUUUACUCGCACAGAGUGCACGAGCGCCGCCUGGCAACUUUAUCAUAAAGUGCAACACGUGCUACUAACUUCCGGAACAAACCAGUUGCUCACGGUGCUGUAAAAAUACAGCAUCUUGAAUAAGACACCUACAAGUCUGUGAACCAUGGGCUGACAUCAGCUGUUCAUCACCAUGGCAACCGAGGAUCGUAGCGAUGGUCUGACGGUCACCGUCCGACUGAUCCGCUCCUUCGAACACAAGAACCUGAAGAACGUCGUGUUUCACCAGGUCGACCCGGACACGACUGUAGAGACGUUCAUGGACACGGUCAGGAAAGACAUCCAGACCAGACCAGGGCUGCCACCUCCAUUCAGGAAGCAUGCAUACGAUACAAUGAAGCUUGAGUUCAAAGCUCAUGGUAACAAGACCAACAACCCACUGAUGAACACAGAAGACAAUGACAAGCUCAUGUUGAAGCCUGGAGCCACACUGGGGGAGAGUGGAGUAGAAAACGAGACUGAAAUUUCUUUCUUCAAGCGAGAGGAGUAUGAGGCAUUUGUGCAGAACCCAGUCACAAGAUGGUAGCAUUGGGAAGCAUGGCAUUUUAAGAACAACUCAUUUACAUGUACAUUAUGCUUCUGUUUUUUCUGAUUUUUAUCAAGAUUUGAUGUUAAAAUUUUGUAAUAUGUAACAUCAACUCUCAUAUUUCCACCGGGUGCCUUAAUACUAGUAAUGCCACAUGAGAAAAAAUGCAUGAAUUCAAACUUACCGAGGUUUUACGAAUGCAGCAAGAGUAAUCCUGAGGUAUACACACUUCAAAUAUUUAGGUGUCCCAGACAAUGUUGAGAAGGCCUCUAUAACAGUGUUUUUUGAUGUUGCAGUUUUAGGGCACCUGGUAGAAUUAUAAGAGUUGAUGUUACAUUGUACAUUAUACCUUUUUUGUCUGUUAUUGAAAUUUUUAUUAAGAUUUGAUGUAUAUUUAAGGUUUUUGUAAUACAUUGUAUAAGAUCCUUUGAGAAGAAGAAAAAAGAAAAACUCAUCACUUUAGGUCAACCAUCAACCACAAAUAUUUAUUCAAAAUAGACUUGCCAGUCGUCUAUAGCAAACAUAUGUACAGUCUGACUUCAGGAACAAAGAGAAGUCUGAUACAAUUUUCAAGUCUACAAACUGAUUUUUUAAAACUUUUAAGUAGUAAGUUGCAUACAAAUGUACAAGGCGAGUUCUAAAGAACACCCAAUAUAUAAUAUUUUUUCUGAAUAAAUCUCAUUGUUUUAAGACUGCUUGCUAUAAAGCUCAUAUACUGCUUGUAUUCAAUGAAAACAUUGCUGAACUUUGUUUCUCUUCCAUCGAAAGCAAUAAAAUCACUCGUCAAA